AGAAAAACCCGUUUGGGAAUAUAAAUUAAAGAGAAAACUUUGCGGACUAGUAGAUAUGCGGGCAUAAAAACAAUGGGAGCUUGUUGAGAACAUUCAGUUGUUGCUUAAAUCCCAUAUCAUAUAGUCCAGGGCGUAAACAGAGUAAACAGAAAAUAAAAAGUUCCAUAUUGAAGGCGCUGGAGAAAGCUAGAGAAUUAGCGAUUGCUACAGGUUAUAAAUAUUCGUUUCCGAUAAGCGAAGCCAAGUGAAUCCCCGGCGAAACGGCAUUCCCGAGCGAUAUUUUGUACACCAUACGUGGAGGUGACUCAUCAGUCCACUGCAAUUACAUAAAUUUAUGAAACCAAGCACACCUCAUCCACGGUCGAUUUGGAUACUUACAGCUUGCUGGUUGCUCCCCCUGCUCUUCCUUGCCCUCUCCCUCUGCCCGCUGGUCAGCUCAUCUGACGUCACCAUGGCCGACGCCGCCAAUCAAGAGUUCGCCCGCCGUUUGGCCCUCUUCUCUAUCAAUGUCUACGGCAAGCUGUCAGAGCAGAAGCCUGGCGAGAACAUCGUCUUCUCGCCCUUUUCCAUCCAAACUUGUGCGGCGAUGGCCAGAUUGGGCGCAGAGGGCGAGACUGCCACCCAGUUGGACCACGGUCUGGGCCUGGCCUCUAACGACGCGGGACAAAUCGCUCAGAGCUUCCACCAGGUGCUGGCUACCUACCAGGACAGCCAGAUCCUGCGCAUCGCAAAUAAGAUAUUUGUGAUGGAGGGUUAUGCACUACGCCAGGAGUUUGAUGAGUUGUUGACCAAACAGUUCCUCUCUGCGGCCCAAGCCGUAGACUUCGCCAAAAACGUCCAGGCGGCGGCCACUAUCAACGGGUGGGUGGAGCAGCGCACGAACAACCUCAUCAAGGACCUAGUGCCGUCUAGCGUACUAAACGCCGAUUCGCGACUGGUCCUGGUUAAUGCCAUUCACUUCAAAGGUACCUGGCUGCACCAGUUCCCCAAGCAUGCCACGAGACCAGAUACCUUUCAUCUGGAUGACAAGCGUAGUGUCCAGGUUCCAAUGAUGGGCUUGAAGGAGCGGUUCCGCUAUGCCGAUCUGCCAGCGCUGGACGCCACGGCUCUAGAGCUGCCCUACAAGGACUCGGACCUUUCCAUGCUGAUCGUUCUGCCCAACAGCAAAACGGGUUUAUCCGCCCUGGAGGAGAAACUACGCCUCACGACACUCUCGCAGAUCACGCAAGCGCUACACAAAACCCAGGUAGUAGUUAAGUUGCCUAAGUUCAAGGCCGAGUUCCAAGUGGAGUUGACGGACGUUUUCCGAAAGCUGGGCAUGUCAAGGAUGUUCAGCGACCAAGCUGAAUUCGGCAAGAUGCUGCAAAGUUCAGAGCCCUUGAAAGUAUCGGCCAUCAUUCACAAGGCCUUUAUCGAUGUGAACGAGGAGGGAACAGAAGCUGCGGCUGCCACCGGCGUUGUGGUGCGUCUAAAGCGAUCGGUAAUCUCGCUGGACGAACCUAUUGAGUUCCUCGCCGAUCGUCCAUUCACGUAUGCCCUUCUGCAUCAGGAGGACCUGCCCCUGUUUUGGGGCUCAGUAGUGCAGCUCGAGGAAAAUGACAUUCCUUCCAGCGAGCAUGAUGAGCUGUGAUGGUACUUUAUCUUAUGUCCGACCAAUAAAAGCAGAUUUUUAUUUAAUAUUUGUGAAUUUGUCAAAAACUUUGGGGUAAUCUGUAAUGAACCAAAACAUCGAAAUUCAUUAAACAAUAAACUCGCCUGGGAAGAAUUA